GAGACGGGGAGGAGCACAGAGUCAGUCAGCUUGGACCUUCCGUGCUAUCAACAACUCGUCGAUUUCAACAUGGCUGAUAACUUCGAUGAAACGGCUGCUGGGAGCUCUUUCUGGAAGAGACUGAAGCAACUUCCAAUUGUUGAAGAUUCACUCGCUUUGUACCAAAGUGCACAGACCUACAAAAGUGUAGCAGUGGUUGCAAAUGUGGCUGACAGCAGUAUACAAACAGCCUCUAAAAUAUUUCCCAUGACAACAUUGCUGCGUCCUGUAGGUGGAUGGCAAGCUAUAAACCAGUGGGCUUGCCAGGGACUAGAUAAAGUGCAAGCUUGGGCACCCAUUAUCUCCAAGCCUACUACAGAGGCAAUGGGAGACGUUAAAGGAAAGCUACUGAAGGUAGUAGCUAGAGAUAAACCUGCUGAAUCUAUAACAGAUGCUCUAGUUAUCAGAGCUGAAGAAGCUGUUAUGCUGCUGAACGACUACAGUGGUGGACGUAUAGCUGUGAACUUUGCUACUAUUUUAGUAGACAAUGCAAACACCUUCGUUGACGCUUUCCUUCCCCCAGUCGAAGGAGAAUUGAAAGAAUUGGGUAAGGGCUAGUAGUUCCUUCACCCCCCCCCCUUUUAUAU